UUCAUUUCCCAUUCAUCUAGUUCCUUCUCCUCCGUAAUGUUUAUCUACACGAAGUUUCAGUGCUGAGAUCUCUUAAAGAAAAUAUUUUCCCUUUCGUUUUUUUUCACAUUUUCUCGUCAACCAAACAGGCCCCUUAGAUUCUCCAUUUCGUGAGAUCUCGCAUUCGAUCGAAGAGAAAUCGACAUGGGGUUCUUGGUGACAACCCUAAUUUUCGUAGUGAUUGGGAUCAUUGCGUCGAUUUGCACCAGAAUUUGCUGCAAUAGAGGACCCUCUACUAAUUUGUUCCAUCUGACAUUGGUUAUUACAGCAACAGUCUGUUGUUGGAUGAUGUGGGCGAUAGUAUAUCUUGCACAGAUGAAACCACUUAUUGUCCCAAUUCUCAGUGAAGGGGAAUGAAGUUCUGCGUGGAAUACCAUACAGUGCAUUAUCAGUAUAGCCAACAAUAUGGAUUAUGGAUUGGCUAGCAGAGUAUCUGAUUUCGGUUUUGUGGAUCAUUCAGUAGUAUUUUCUUGUGUAUGUAAUUCUUGUUGGAGCAUCAACCUUGAAUUGGUUUUACACUGUUGCUCAACAUUACAUGUGAUAAAAUUGUUGUAUUUACCCUUCUUUCACUUCAGGAGUCAUAUUAUCAGAGUGUAAUCAUAAAAAUAUGCAGUUUGGAUGAAAUAAGUGAUGAUAGAGUAUUUCUCUUUUUUAA